AGAUAAGAUGUUCUUUAAUAUAUGAUACAUGAUAUAUAUACAGCCACGCACUCACACCUGGCAGCUGCCCAGUUCAGCUAGUCUUCUUUUAUCAGCUCAUGAGCAGGUGGUAGGAUUUUUUUUUUGUUAGUUUGUUUGUUUUCCCAGUAAAUUCCCAAUUCAGUUCCCCCAACCAGCUCAGGGUUUCAAACCUACAACCUUACUGUUUCAAGCCUGAUUCACUACUGCCAUAAACAUACCCAUUGUAAGUAAACCAAAUGAACGGGAAAAAAAUGUGAAGCAGUAAACCUUAGAUAGUGUCAACGUACUGGAAAACACACUUGCCUACUUUUAAUGCGGAAAACUAUUUGCAUAAAACAAAUACCACACGUUGGUAAGCAUAACACAGGCACCAUUGUACACUCCUGCUGAGCUCCAACUGACGAGGUAGAAAAUAAACAGUGUGACGCUUAACUGCAGAUAUGCUGGUAACUUCAUCGGUGAGUCAUGAAAUUCAGUUUGCAUUCAUUUAGUAUUUAAUGUUAGUAUUUCUCUUAAAUCACCGUUAUGUAUAAUAUGUGUAUUUAAUGUGUGGUGAUGGAGUGGGUCCCACACCCAGAGGAAGUAGAAUGUUUCUCUUACUCCUGUUACCGUUGCUGUCAGAGUCGCUGGCCGAUAAAGCUUGUAUUAACAUUUCAAAUGGAGAUAUCGCCACAAGCCUGACCCUGUCUGGGAAUGAUCUUUCAUUCAAGGAUGAUAGACUUAUGUCUAUCAGCUGCAUGUAUGACGGAAUUCCCUGUGUCAUUUGGUGCCCCGAACCUAAUAACAAUCUGAGUCAGAUUUUCAAUGGGACGUAUAUGUGUCAAGAUGUGAAGAUAUUGAGUUCAUCCAACACGACUGAGUUCAGCAUACACACAGUUGGCCAGUGCACCCUAAGUAAGUGCAAAGUGAAUGAAAUCUUGCCAAUGGUUGACAAACUGGCUUGUCCACAAGCUGACCUGAGAUCACUGAUGCAGCUCCUGUUUAUAAGAGACUCAUGCAAGAUCCUGUUCAGGGACAGUGAUGAAAUGAAGAAGGCGUUUAUAAACAUUGAAAGAUUUUUGAUCCAUAAAAUCAUGCAAAGGACGCAGCAGGAGGUUGGAAAGUCUACCUACUACUAUUUUAAGACCAUGGCUCUGAAUGUGAUCAGUAUCAGUAAUGAUAACCUCUCCUCUGCCACGAUUGACACGAUUCAACUAGAAAGUCCACAGCUUUUGCCUCAGAACAUGUCGUCUGUCCCAGAGACAUGGCUGCCUGUGGACACACUGGAACAUAUUCUACAGGAAAACAGGACUGUUGGUCUUGUUAGCUAUAUGUUUCAUGACCAAUUCCAGUUUGGAAUGGUGCAUAUCUCAUCCAUGGCUAUGAGGAUUGAGCUGCUGGGAGAAAAACGCUUGGAGAAUCUGACAACGCCACUCAAGCUUAUUUUCAAUAUCACUGCUCCUACAAAUAUUGAUAAUGAAUCAUGGUUAGAGUGUCACUAUUUUGAUGAACAAGAAUUCCACUGGAAAACAGACGGGUGUGAAACUUACAGUGCUACUUAUGAUAACCACACUGAAAUCGAAUGUUGCUGUAACCACACCACACCUUUUGCUGUCCUGUUGAUGAGAGAACCUAUAUCGGGAGUCCACUGGAAAAUAUUGUCUUAUAUCUCUUACAUAGGCUGCGGUCUGUCUGCUUUCUUCAGUGCCCUAUCAGUCAUUACUUAUAUCAUCAAUAGAAGCCACAGAGCAGACCAGUCCUGCUUCAUCCACGUCUCCCUGAGUGGAGCCUUGUUCCUGCUCAACACCUCCUUCCUGCUGACUGAGUGGGGAGCCACGGUGCAGCAAGAUGGGGUGUGUGUGUUUAUCGCUGCCACCAUGCAUUACUCCCUGCUCUGCUGUUUCACUUGGAUGGCCAUAGAGGCCCUACACCUUUACCUCCUGCUGGUAAAGGUGUUCAACACCUACUAUAAACGCUAUCUCAUCAAACUGUCUCUUGCUGGAUGGGGAAUCCCAGCUGUAAUUGUGGGUAUCUUUGUGGGAGUGAAUGACAUCCGUCAGUUUUAUGGAGUUGCAAAAAUGAGUAUGCUUGACACCAACCAAACAAGUAACCUCUGCUGGAUCACAGAUGAGCACUUCUUCUAUGGGUUGAAUCUGGUGUAUUUCACCCUUAUAUUCAUCUUCAACACUGGCAUAUUGGGGACAGUGGUCGCUGGUAUCUGUAGGCUGAGAGAAGGGUCCAAACACACCCCAGGGAGAUCAAAAGGCAGCCUGUCCUGCAGGAAUAGCCUCACUGUGAUGGGUCUCACCUGCCUGCUGGGGACGACAUGGGGUCUGGUAUUCCUGGGCUCAGGACACGUCAACUAUCCCGUUCUCUACCUGUUCUGCAUCCUAAACUCGACACAAGGUUUCUUUAUCUUCCUGUGGAUCUGCUGCUCAGCCAGGAAGCAGAGGAGGAGAGCAGAGCAGGACAAUAUCAACUCAGUCCAGAUGAAGAGUUCACAGAUUAAAUCCAUUUAAGGCCUGAUUUCUUGGAGUCAGCUCAGAUGACAGUAAUCCUGCUUGUAACCAUGGAAACAGUAGCCUUGAUGACAGUAGCUCAACCAGUAACUGUCUUUCUCUGAUCAUGAGAACAGUAAUCAUGAUGGUUGUAAACCUGGCUGUAACCAUGGAAGCAUUUACCAUGAUAAAUAAAAUUUGAGUUGUUAACAUGGAAACAUAUACCAUGAUGAUAGUGGCCCUACCUGUACCCAUGGAAACAGUAAACAUGGCAGUAACCCUGCCUGUAACCAACAAAAACAAUGGGCAUAACUACACCUGUAACCCUUCCUCUUUCUGCAUUUAUGUUUAUUCUUUUUCCAACAACAUUAAUGAUUUUCAUUUUGUUUUCAGAAAUGAUGUGUAAAAAAAAAAAAAAUCUGAUUUCUCUGGUGACAAUCUUGAAUUCAUAUUGGUGUGGGAAAAAGAAGCAAAAGCAUAU